GUUGAUGGACUUGUGAAUGGGUGCAGCCAAUCCUGCAAAUACACUUCUCGCAACCGGCCCUCUCGUAUGCGUGCGACCGCAUUGAUAGUAGUCAUUCAACCCGAAGAUGCGCUCUUUACCAAAUAUCCUGAUCGCAGGAACACCCGGCGUGGGGAAAACCACCACUUGCAAUGAAAUCCUCAGUCUAGCCUCUCAGUCCACCCCCGCCCUAAAUCUCAAGCGCCUGUCCAUUAACGACAUUGUCAAAGAUCGAACAUGCCACACAGGUUAUGAUGAAGACCUGCAAACCCUGAUAGUGGACGAGGACAAACUUAUGGACGAAGUCGAAAAAGACAUCUCCGACGGCAACGGCGAGGGUGGCUGGAUCAUCGACUGGCACUCGACCGCCGGGUUUGCAGUAAGGUGGGUGGACUUGGUGGUUGUAUUGAGGUGCGACGAGACGAACAUACUUUAUGACCGACUCAGGUCACGAGGCUACAAGGACGAAAAGGUGCAGGAGAACAUGGAUGCCGAGAUCUUUGGUGUGGUGACUGAAGAGGCGAAGGAGGCGUGGGAUGAAGAGGGCCAGGUGGUCGAGUUGAAGAGCGUGGAAGCUGAAGAUAUCGAGGAUAACGCAGAGAGGAUCAUCCAAUGGGUCAAGAUCUGGGUCAAGGACCACGGCGAAUGAAGACAGCGAUCCAGGCUACCGCCAGCAAGCCAUGCUUUCAGCUUGUCUAGUGCUUUGCCGCGAUGAGAUAUCCGGUUCUGCACAGAUGUCAGCACACACUGCCUCUCGCAAAAUUCAAGGGGGGAGGCCAGCCGCUGAACGACCCAUUAGGCAGCGUGAAGACAUACCUUCUCAGCCUUGUCCAUCUCAGCAUAUGUCUGGCCUUCAUACUCAAAGAUGGGAUCCCAGCCUAUCAUACCCAGUCAGCAUC